GAGGUAAUUCUGAAUAAUGUCCCUGACGGCCCCUCAUAGAAGGCGGCUGUACUGAAAUCGAAAGUAAUUAUUGUUGGUCCAGGAUUCAUAUUUAGACAUCGCGGGAAGGGGGAAGAUACAACAAUAACGUAACUUCUCUGUUCUUUGGAUGCCCAAUUCAGCAGGAGACCAGCCUCCUCUGUACCCAGCUGUGUGUCCACGAAGAGUGCUGGGUGUUCAUGACCAAGGACCAAUCUAUGGAUCGUCAUAUUAGGUUCAGAGAAGGAUACUUUUCUACUGAACAAAGCCCAAUUCAGCAGGAGAGACCAGCCUCCCCUGUACCCAGCUGUGUGUCCAUGAAGAGUCACAAGUCUAUGGAUCGUCCUGUUAAUUUCAGGGAGGGAGUCUUUUCUACUGAACAAAGCCCAAUUCAGCAGGAGAGACCAGCCUCCCCUGUACCCAGCUGUGUGUCCAUGAAGAGUCACAAGUCUAUGAAUCGUCCUGUUAAUUUCAGGGAGGGAGUCUUUUCUACUGAUCAAAGUGGAUGGUCAACUCUGACAGAGGAUCAGUCCAGGUGUUCAGUGUGUGAGCUGGCUCUGAGGGAUCCAGUCUCUAUUAACUGUGGACACAGGUUCUGCAGACAGUGUAUCACGAGAUACUGGGAGCAGCCUGCUUCGUCAGGAGAAUAUGUCUGUCCUCAGUGUAGAAAGAGAUCCAGAACAAGACCUGUACUACAGCAGCUGAGUGAACCCAGUGAGGAUGAUAGAGGCUCUGAGAACAUGGAUGAAAGCCUGCAUAGAAUUCUAGAGAAUUAUAAAGCCAGACUAAAAACGAGGUAUGAAUGUGUGACAGAAGGCAAUGUGAAGACAGGCAAUCGGACUCCCCUCAACAGUAUUUACACAGAGCUCUACAUCACAGAGGGAGAAAGUAAAGGGGUUAACUGUGAACAUGAGGUUUGGCAGCUAGAGACAGCAUCCAGAAUGCCAACCCCACACGACACAGCAAUCCACUGCAAUGACAUCUUCAAACCUUUACCCGGCCAAGAGAAACCAAUCAGAACUGUUCUUACAAAGGGCAUUGCUGGUAUCGGAAAAACUGUCUCUGUGCAGAAAUUCAUCCUAGACUGGGCUGAAGGCAAGGCAAACCAAGAUGUGGAUGUCAUAUUUGUGCUUCCUUUCAGGGAACUCAACUUGAUCAGAGAUCACCAGUACAGUUUGCUCAGACUUCUGAAUGACUUCAACACAGAUCUGGACAAACACAGCGUGAAGAAACUUGUUGCCUGUAAAUCAAUGUUUAUCUUCGAUGGUCUGGAUGAAAGCAGACUUCCACUGGAAUUUCACUGUAACAAAGUCAUAUCUGAUGUAACACAGACAUCAUCUGUAGAUGUUCUGAUGACAAACCUCAUCAAGGGAAAUCUACUUCCCUCUGCUCUCCUCUGGAUAACUACCAGACCUGCAGCAGCCAAUCAGAUCCCUUCUGAUUGUGUUGACCAGGUGACAGAGGUGAGAGGGUUCAAUCACCCACAGAAAGAGGAGUACUUCAGGAAGAGAUUCAGUGAUGAGGACCUGGCCAGCAAAAUCAUCUCACACAUAAAGACAUCAAGGAGCCUCCACAUCAUGUGUCACAUACCAGUGUUCUGUUGGAUUUUGUCUAUAGUCUUUGAGCACAUGUUGACUAAAGAUAGGAGAGGAGAGAUGCCCAAGACACUGACUGAGAUGUUUACGCAUUUCCUGUUCAUUCAGACCAGCCACAAGUACCAGAAGUAUCACGAAGGAGAUGAGAUGGAAGAGGAGCUGAUGAAGUCAGAUAAGGAUGUUCUUCUCAAGUUGGGGAAGCUGGCGUUUGAACAUCUGGAGAAGGGCAAUCUCAUCUUCUAUGAAGAAGACCUGAAAGAGUGUGGCAUCGAUCUCAGAGAGGCUUCAGUGAACUCAGGAAUAUGCACAGAAAUCUUCAAAGAAGAGUCAGUGUUAUUUCAGAGAAUGGUGUACUGCUUUGUGCAUCUGAGCAUUCAGGAAUUCCUCUCAGCUGUCUACAUCUACCAUUGUUUCACAACCCAGAACAUGGAUGCACUGAAGCCCUUCCUUAAGAGAAAGACUAAAGCUUCAUCUGAAGAUCUAACCUUACAUGAGCUGCUAAAGAGUACCGUGGAUAAAGCCUUGGAGAGCAAGAACGGACACCUGGACCUUUUUGUCCGCUUCCUUCAUGGCCUCUCAUUGGAGUCUAAUCAGAAACUCCUACGAGGUCUGGUGACACAGACAGAAAGCUGUCCAGAGAGCAUCCAGAAAAUGGUGAGAUCCCUAAAGGUGAUGCAGAAGAAGAACGUCUCCCCUGAGAGGUGCAUCAAUCUCUUCCACUGUCUGAUAGAGAUGAAAGACCAUUCAGUACAGGAGGAAAUCCAAAAAUACUUGAAGUCAGACAACCGUUCCAAAAUCCUCACACUUGCUCAGUGUUCAGCCCUGGCCUUCAUGAUGCAGAUAUCAGAGGAUGUUCUGGAGGAGUUUGAUUUGAAGAAGUACAAGACAUCACAGGAGGGUCGUAGGAGACUGCUCCCAGCUGUCAGAGGAUGCAGAAAGGCUCUACUCGCUGGCUGUAAUAUCACAGCUGAUGUGUGUGAAGUGAUAUCCUCAGCUCUCGUCUCAAACCCCUCCCACCUGACAGUGAUGGAUCUGAGUGACAAUAUACUGAAGGAUUCUGGACUGAAGAUGCUCUCUGAUGGACUGGGGCAUCCUCACUGUAAACUGGAGACUCUGAGACUGUCAGGUUGUGGAAUCACUGAGGAAGGCUGCUCUUCUCUGGUCUCUGCUCUGAUGUCAAACCCCUCACACCUGAAAGAGCUGGAUCUGAGUAACAAUGACCUGAAGGAUACAAGAGUGAAGCAGCUCUCUGCUUUGCUGAAGAAUCCACAAUGUAAACUGGAGACUCUGAGGCUGUCAGGCUGUCUGGUCACAAAGGAAGGCUGUGCUUCUCUGGUCUCAGCUCUGAAGUCAAACCCCUCACAUCUGAAAGAACUGGAUCUGAGCUACAAUCACCCAGGAGAAUCAGGAGUCAGACUGCUCUCUGCUGGACUGGAGGAUCCACACUGGAGACUGAAGAAACUCAAAAUGGAUCAUGGUGGAGAGUGGAGGUUGAAAACAGGACCGAAGAAAUAUGUCUGUGAUCUCACACUGGACCCAAACACAGUAAACAGAUACCUCUCUCUGUCUGAGGAGAACAGAAAGGUGACAAGGAGGAGAGAGGAGCAGCCGUAUCCUGAUCACCCAGAGAGAUUUGACCACUGGCCACUGAUGUUGUGCAUAGAGGGUCUGUCUAGACGCUGUUACUGGGAGGUAGAGUGGAGUGGGAGAGGGGCUCUGAUAGGAGUGACAUAUAAAGGAAUCAACAGGAAAGGAAGGGGUGUUGACUGUUGGCUUGGUAACAAUGAUAAGUCCUGGAGUCUGGACUGUGUUGGUAACAGUUACUCUGUCAGGCACAAUAAUAAGAAAACUGUCAUACCUGUCACCUCCUCAGACUCCCACAGAGUAGGAGUGUAUCUGGACUGGCCAGCCGGCAUUCUGUCCUUCUACAGUGUCUCCUCUGACACACUGACCGACCUGCACACAUUCAACACCACAUUCACUGAGCCCCUCUAUCCAGGGUUUAGGGUUUAUUCUGACUCCUCAGUGUCUCUGUGUCAGAUGGUCCCUUUGUCAAACACAACAUGAUGUUUCACUCUAAUCAUGGUCUUGUUCAGUAGGACACAACAAAGUAAAACACUGACAAUAACUCUCUAGUAGUGAGUAAAUAUAUCAUAUGAUUGUAAAUAUUCCUGAUUAAUUCUGCAUGUAGUGCAAUGAGUAGUGCAAUGAGAACUCUGUCGAGGAGGAGUGGAAGUGUAUUUGACGAAGAGUCUCCAACAGACCCUUGGUGAUAUUAAUCAGAGGUGUUAAACUGACUGGAAUGUAAUGAAAUUCAUGAUGUUUUAGACAUUUAUGUGUAGUGUUUACUGCUCCCCAUGAAAAGCUGAAUGGUCUAAUAUGUGGGCCAUUUCAGCACUGUCUUUAAUAACACAAAUGUUUAACUCUUCCAAAUGUGUUACGGUCAAUCUCAGGCAAUUGUAUUUAUUCUUUACAAUAAUAAAUAUAAGAUGGUUGCAUUUUUCUCAGUCAAAUGUUUGCCUGCUACAACCUUAAGUAGCUACGUUAUAGUAAGCCUAAACAAAAACUGUUUACGGUUAUACAGUAUUGUGACUUUUUCUGGUGGAUUUUUGAAGUACGCAUCUGUGCAUGGUAAUACAAGCUUAAUCAAAACCCCUUAGGCAGUAAAAGAGUAGGGGUUUCCACUAUAAAGGAUUAAUUGAUUACCAUAUCCUUAUUUAUCCAUUAUUCUGCAAAUUAACUGUAAUAAAUUGAGGUUUUAGACUAGGCCUAAAUUUGCUUUGGACUUCAUGGAUUCCACGGAUAGAAGAUGAUCAAGGUCAGCAUGCCCUGUUCUUAGAAGUGACUUUGGCCACAACCAAGGUGCCAGGCCUCAAACCCAUCUUAUCUAUGACCCAACUACAGAUGGCUCGAAGGUGAAUUUGCCUGUGUCUCUAUCUUGCAUUUGGGCAGGACAGAAACCAUGGGUAGCUCAGAUCAGGAGGUCUGUUAACUCUGACCAAGAACUAUGUUUGCCAUGACAGUGUAGGGUUCUAUCUUGUUUUUUGAUUAGUAUGAAAACUUGUUUUUGUAUGUAUCUUAUAGCACAAGAUAAUAUUUUUGGGGGCUGACAAGGAGGGGUAUAAAGAGGUGAAAGUUGUUAGAUUCUGUCCAAGUUUGAUCCAUGACCAAGAUAAAUGCAACCAGAAGUCA